AUGGGCUUCAGCACUGGCAAAGCCCAGAUCAUGAUCGCCCCACCGUACGUUCUCGGUGCGAUUCUCAUGUGGAUUUCCGGGUGGCUAGGAGAUCACUUCAUGGUACGUGGUCCCAUCAUCAUAGGAGACAUGGUUGUCGCCAUUGUUGGAACCGCUCUGGUCGGAUUCCAUAACGACGUGGCUGUACGCUACACCGGCGUCUUUCUUCUUACUGCCGGCUCUUUUUCUUCUAUUCCUGUCGUCAUGGCCUAUCAAGCAAAUAACAUCCGAGGACAAUGGAAGCGGGCAUUCUCUAGCGGCCUGGUCGUUGCGUUCGGUGGUGUUGGCGGCAUCGCCGGUUCUCUCAUUUUCCGCACCCGUUUCAACCUCGACACAACCACAAACUCUGAUCAAAUUACAGGAGUCAAGAUAAGCCCAGGUAUCUCCCAGGCUUAA